UGCUAAGACGAUGUGAUGUUUGAAGUCCAGGAGGGGGAUGUCCUGGGUAUUCUUUACACAAGCAUCGCACUCUGUGCCAGGCUCUGGUUCUAUAAAAGCUGCUGUUGGUUCACAGACAGACAGAUGUGCUCUUGGUUCCUUCCCUUUUUGCCAUCUCUAACAUUACUUUGUCACCGUUGUUGGAUCAGGAAAAUGUUUGCAACCAUCACGCUGCUGGUCUUCGUGUGUCUGACCACCACCACCCAUGCAGACCAUCAUCACGUGCCUUGUCAUACACACAACAUGACUGGAUUGAUGAGUGUGAUGAACCUAAAAGGUGAAACAAAAGCAUUUGGGUCAUUCACUUACGACUCAGUGGGCAGGAAACUGCGGUUCACGUCCAACGAGAGUCACCCGACAGACACAUCACUUGAUUUGGAUCUGCUGAUGCUUUUCGAUGAGGGGAUUUUCUAUGAGAUUGACAUCAAAAAUCAUAGCUGUGAGAAGAAAAAGCUUCAAAUGUCCUUGCAUCCUUUUGACAUUCCUGAUGACGCCAAGUUUCUCAGUACAGUGACCACCGGGAGCUCCUCCAUUAAAGGCGAGGGGCUGAAAGUCACUAUCUGGACUGGGCCACUGACAAAUAUGAAAGGUUCUUACUCCAUGUCUGUAACCAUGGGAUGUUUGCCAGUGUCCACUUUCUAUUUCACUGAAACAACAUCAUUCGUCUUCAGCAACAUGGAUGUCGAACUGGAAGUCAAGGAUCCUGACCUCCUUGUGGUGCCCUCUGUUUGUCACGGAAAGCCUGUGGAAGACACCCCCGAGGGAACAGUAAGCAGCUUCCUCAACGAAUUCAUGUAGAUGAAACCUGCCAAGUGAAAAAUGAAACU